AUGAGCAGCCAUAGUGCAAAGAGCUUUGAUGUGACUGGGUCCAAGUGGGUCCAUGUGCGGGGCGUGAGGUCGGGUCGGCGGCUUGAAGCGUCCGAGUGCAGCGUUCCAACUGAUUCUGCGUCGUCACGGGCUCGUAACGUACGAAAGCAAAGACAGCGUGCUGGUUAUGUGGAUCUCGAGACGUCUCCGUUGACACCAGCAGCUUCAGGUUCCAGACGGCAGACGGUUGCUGCUUGUGGCAGUUCUCGGCGGUAUCGCCGUUUUAUGAACGAAUUGUACUUGCGCUUGAGUGCGGUUCAUUAUGGGAGUGUCGGAGGCCUCGGCACUGAGGCCUUGGAUUCACCGCUGGAUACCUGGGAAGUUGGCGUUGAGCGGCCUCCAACGGAAGCGGCGUGGUUGCACGAAUUCUGGACAGAUAUGCGCGAGCGACACGCCGAGUCUCCCCAGAUGGAACGGGUACUUCGAGGAAUGGGCGACGCAUGGCAUUUUUGGGAACCGUUUCGUGAAUGCACCGAAGAAGAGGAGAGAAUCUUGCUGGACGCCUUGUCUUCGAUUCGGAAGAGCGUAUCCGCACGCCAUCGCUCGGGUGAAGCGCGCACCCCCGAGCCCCCUAUCCCGGGCAGCAGGCAGCAUCGCACCGCCAGAUCGAAUGCGCUCGAGUCGCAGAUGAAGGCGUUGCAUCUUGGGAAUCAACGCGACAAUUCGAAUGACAUCGUUUGCGAGGUGGAAUCUGAAGAAGAAAACUUUGCUGCGGGCAUAGCCGGGCACCAUCCACAUGCGCGGGUUGAAGCAGCAGAGCAUGUAUUCCCGUUGGACGAGGAUUGCCAAGUUGAUCCCGCACCACCCACGUCGCAGCUCGAGAUAGCGGACGCAAAUGAGGUAUCCAGAUUGAUCUUGGCAUUCUUUCGUCUCAGUUACGCCACACGAGAGCUUCUGCGCCGCUAUUCCAACGAUCUCUGGUUGCUCAUAGCCCACCAUGAAUCCAUUUUACACGAGCAUGGCCUUGUACCGCACCUGAACCAAAACCACCUUCAGUGGCUCUUGUCUCCGGGUCGCUGUCCACGGUUGUCGAACUCACAGGGUCCAGCAACGGGCCUGCGGCCGACACGGUACGCAGCUUCGGUCCAUGGGCUAGCUGAUCCGGGGCCAGACUCGCGAACGUUGACCCUUGAGGCGUCAUCACGUCUCCAUCGGCGCAUCCUGAUGGCACUAGCCGCGUAUCAUUGUCUCGACUGCGAGCCUGUCCAGCAGUCGAGUUCCAAUCUGGCAGAUGUGUCCUCUGGUGCUGUGUCCCAGACAGAGACGCACACCAAAAGCAGACUCCGUCUCGCUUUGAACCAGCAUCGUGCUGCCUCUGUGACCGUUCCCCUGGCGCACAUUGUCUACCAGCUCAAGUUCUGUGACGCGAGCGUUGACCGGGCAGUGCGGCGUUGCGUAGAGGCACGAGUGUCUGACGUUUCGGCGCUUCCGCAGACGGCGGUGGGUCAGUAA